CACGUCCGACUGUUGAAUUCCCCACGCGACGCCCGAGCGAAGAUGUCGCGGCAACUCUUCGUGGCCAAGCGCGUCGAGGCGAACGUGGUCGAAGUGGGCGAGGCCAACUACGUCGAUUUCAGUUUUCAGCGCCGCGAAGCAGUCAAGGCCGACGAGGAACUGCUCGCGCACAUUCACUUUCUUUGGGGUCUCACGGGAAAAGACUCCACCGGCCGAUUGCACGAGGACGCAUACCUCGACUUCUUUCAGCUCGUCGCGUAUGUCGUCGUCACCAACAGCACCCUCGAGUCCGCCCGAGAACUCGCCAAACGAGAUUGGCCGUACGAUGCCCGUGGCCGUGAUGCGCUGAAUCUGGCAGAGUUUACCGAUGCCGUGUUUGAAAUCUGCGAUAUCUUUUGCCCAUACACCGACUCGCACGAGUAUUGCGUCUUUCUCAUGGACGUCCGGCGACACAUCACGAUUCCAGACUUGAACGACGCCUUCUUCCAAGCGACGGCCGCAGAGUUGCAGCCGUUGCUGAAGGAGGUUGUCCCGUUCCGUUGGCGCACCAACUCAGAGCUGAAGAAGCUGCCGCCAAAGACAAUAGACUUGUCGAGCAACGAUGCCGACGCUCUCUUGCGCAACAAUCGAAAUGGCGACUGGAUCACGGGUGUUACGAUCUCGCAGGCCGAGUGGAAGACUCUUUCCUUCCGAGCAAUCCUUUGCGCCAUCCACACGCAAUUGUUCAGUUCGUUCUCGCAGAAAUUACACGCCACGACGAAGGGCCAACUCGAGUCGGAAUACCGCCUGCACCAGGCUAAGCAACCGAUGCCGAGAAUGCUGCGAGAGCCAUCGAAGACCAGCGUUCUCGCGGCGGUCGCCGCUGCAAAACCUGCCGCUAGCGCGUUGCAUGUUCCGUUCAUGACGGAUCGCAUCCGGCCCGAAGUUUGGGACCCCGAAGUGGCCAACCUAUUGCAAAAUAUCGCCCCGCGGCCAGGCAUUUGCGUCGUUGGACCGCCACGGUCUGGCAAGUCGCGACUCGCCAUGGCCCUUGCCAAAGAGCUCGGCGUGAUCUACUUUUCCAUUCCCUUGGUGCUUGAGAUUGCAGCCAAGACGUCACCCCCUGCGCCAGAUGCUACAGACGUCACUCCUCGGGCAGCAUUGUACGCUACAGUUCGCGAGGUCUUGUUGUCCGGUCGAACCGUGUCCCGCGAAGAUGCCGUCGCUGCGCUGUUGUAUCACAUGGUCGACUCAUUGGAAGGCACCCAAGGCUUUCUCGUGGACGAUCUGUAUCCGCAUGACGCGUGGGGCAGCGACGCAUUCCUAGGUUUGCAUUUCACGCAUGUCGUGUGCUUGACGGGGUCGCAAGCCAACUGUGCCGAGCACGUCGCGUCCAUCUCGCUGUGUCCCAAACGACGACUCCUGUACUCUGCCCGCGAUCUCGCGCAGUUCACUGGCGUCAUCGGGUUUGCCGAUACAUACGUGGAACCUGCAGCAGCUCCAGUCCCGCCCCCUGCAGUCGUCACACCGCCGACAUCGGACGAUGACGCCGAGAACGAGGAUGCGGAUGAAGAAGAUGACGAAACCGCGAAAGCGAAUACAGCAUCUCCUGUCGAUUCCCUCGCGCCAAGUCGGUUUCCCCGCCUAUCCUUGGACCACUAUGCCCCGUACUUGCUGCCCGUCAAUCAAGAUCGUGUGCUAAACAUCGGCAACUUGUGGCUACAAACGUUCGAGACCGAAUUUAGCGCGUACGAACGCAGCGUGGCCAAAACGUUGGCGACCGUGCCGGCCGACACCCAAGUCGUGCGCAUAGCCUUUCACCAAUCGCCCCUUGGAAUCUUGCAGCAGGCCGUUGCGGCUCUUACGGGGAGUCGACCUCCGUUAUCGCGACUGCCUCCGUCUUUGUCCGUCGUGCAUGUCGAGUUGCCGCCGGAGGUUGCAUCGGCCAGUCGAGGGGAUCAAAUCCGAUGGCUCCUCUACGGGGACUGGGCGCCAUUGAUUCAAGACGGCGGCGUCCUCGCGCCAGUGCAGCACUUGGUACCGCCAGCGGAACCGCGGAAGCUCUCAGUCUUUCGUGGAUUUUGCCCCGUGGACCCCAAACGUCAGGGGCUUCCUGCCUUUGCAGCGCUCUUUUCUGGUCGGGUGUAUUUGCUGUCAUCUACCGAAGCCCUUCGAACGUUCCGAGUGAGUCCCCAGCCAUUCCUCGAGCGCGUGAUCUCGCCUCUGCACGAGCUGCGGCUCCCGCGGCUCCAAACGCACACCAAACGCCUCUGGGUCCUUGUGGCGACGACAUUGCCCCCACCGUCGUUUUCACUGCCACGGGUCGUCGCCGCCGUCGCUUCCAGCAUUGGCCAUUCAAGCGCCAAGGAUAUAGUGUUUGAGCCAACCAAGAUCUUGGCAGCGCCGGCCGAUCCUGAAAUUGCAAACAAACUGCGUACAGGGGAGAGUAUUCCGCACGACGUGGUGACGAACGCGGUGCUGCAGCAUCUAGUUGGGCAAGGGCAGGACCCAUGGAUAGUCCACGGGGUUUCCAUCGCCACCGCGACUUGGACGUCGAUGAAGGAGCUUGGGGCAUUGCCAGAUGCUGUCCUUGUGUUCGAUCCACCACCGCCCGGACCGGACGACGCGCCCCUGUCAAAUCAAGAAAAGGAACAUCGCGCUUCAGUCCAAGCGCUUCUCGCCAGCAUUGUAGCUGACAACGCGACAACCAUCACAAUUCCCGUGGACGCAACCACAACCGACGACGACAUUGUUGUGGCGCUUCAUCGACAGCUCAAUCCGUGGUACUUCAAUCGUUUAGAUGCGGACGAAGAUGGCGGCAGUUCCAGCACCACACCACCAAUGUCGUCUUUGGAAGAAGCUCAGCGAGCACAAUGGGGCGAGACUGGAUCAUUCUGCCCUGUGACGUUUGCGACAGCUCCGCUGUGGCGCCUUGUGCCGGGCAAGCCCACCGAAUGGGUGAGCUACAUGAAACAGCGCUCGUAUGCCUUUGUCGGCCCUGCUGAGAAAGCUGCAUUUGACCGGAAUCCAUGCAAAUACAUUCCCCAAUCGGCGACCACAAUGUUUCGCCCGAUUGUGUUGUUGCUAGGGCCAUCGUCGUCGGGCCGUCGAGCUGUGGCUCAAGCGUUGGAGGAGCGCAUGCACGCCACAACAUUUGACUUUCACCGCGUGCUUGAGGCGUAUGACCGCCUCGUGACCAUUGAAAAAUUCAACGCAGGGACCGCGGACGACGAAGACAUCGACGACGCGGUGAAGGUGCAGCUCUACGGAACAAGCUUGGCUGCCGAGUGGGCUGCCGUGGACAGAGCGGGGUCGGCACCGUACAUUUUGCCGGGACUGGGAUUCACCGAGUCGCGAGUACCGUCGCUAGAUUUGCUUGCGCUGUGUGUGGCGCGCAAAUGGCUGCCGUUUGUAGUCGUUCCCAUGGAUAUCGAUGCUGUGACGGCUGUCCAACGCAAGAUGCAGUCGUGGGCAUACGUAUCACCCAAGGCGCCUUCCGACGACGACGGCGACGAUGGAGCAAAGGAAAACGCCAAGGAAAAGGCAGUGCGUUUGGCUGCACAAGAAGCGGCCGCGAGAGAAGAAGAGACGAUUCGAGUCACGGACAUUGUCACGGCGGAACUUGAGGCGUACACGGCAGCCCUCGACUUUCUGAAAGAGCAAGGCGUACGCAUUGCCGACCGCGUGGAUGCCAACCGUGGGCACCAGCGUGUCGUAAAAGAUGCCCUGGCAAGUCUUCUGAAGGCUGGGGUCGCCAAGAAGGCCAAUAUCUUUUGCCAGCUAGACGUCACUCCCCUCGAUCGAGUGCGGACACUUGUGGCAGCUGGGUACUGGACAAUCGGACACCACGGACCGCACUGCCCCGUCGUCGGGGAGUCCCAUCGCUCCACGGACCCGCUCGAGUCCCAGGUGUGCGUCGCGUAUCGCGGGCGAGUGUACGUGCCGAGCGAUGUAAAUGCGUUUGCGGCGGCGCCGUGGUCAUUUGCAAGUCGAGCGACUCGUCCAAGUGUGCCGGGGGUGUCGAUUGCGGUCGUCGGUGGCCCGCGCAGUGGCCAAACGACUGUCGCCAAGGGGUUGUGCACCAAGUUUGGAGCUGUCUUCGUCUCGCCCCACGAUGCAUUCCAGUGGGUACAUGCGUGCCAACGAGGCACGUCGUUGUGGACACAGGUCCAGGAAUUCAAAACAUCCAGCGACACCACCGAAUUCGACUUGACGUCGAUCACACAAGCAUUGCUGCUUCAAGUUCUCGUGGCUCGAAUUCGAUCGUUCGAGUGCCAGCUUCGUGGGUGGGUCCUCGAUGGCUAUCCGACCAGUGUAGCGCAGUGGGUCGAAUGGGAAAAAAUCGCCGACCCAGGCGUCUUGCCGGCGACCGUCGUGUGGCUGGAAGGGUCCCCAUACGAGCUACUUCGCCAUGACGGGCAGAAACGCGGAGCAACGUCGCUGGCUUUGCUCCAGCGCAUCAAAUCGUGGCACGCUGCGCGGGUUUCGUUGUUUGUUGCCAUGACGAAAACGUACGGCGUUGGGUUUGUCAAGAGCAUUUCCGUCGAUGGAAAAUCAGCGUGGAAGGUAGUCGCCGAGGCGCAUCGCGCAAUCGCUGACGUCGUUGAUGCUACUGCCACUUAUUGGCAGGCGCUAGCGUCCCACCGCCCUGCACCUACGUACAACAUCCGUUUGUCCCAGUCCCAGGUGCAGCUGCACCCAACCAUCUCCACAUAUUGCCCCGUCGGGCUCGCCGCCCACCGCGUGGUUCUGAGCCACACGUUGGAUCGUGAGUUGGGUGUCGAAUUCCAGUCCUUCCAGUUCUACCUUGGCUGCCCCAAGAGUGUUACCGAGUUUGUGGCGAACUCUGGGAAAUAUCUCGAUGCCGCGGCGACGUCGGGGCCACCGUCGGCGCGCGAUGUAGGCAUCGGAACCUUGCUCUGCCAUGGAAUGAACAUUGCUCUCGGGUUCCAAGGAUACUGCCCCGUGACAUACAAGCUCGGCCAGGGUCCAAGGGACUGGGGGUCCAUUCGAAAGGGAAGUCGAUACAUUUUGGCGGCGUUCACCAGACCAUCUUUUGCUUUGUCGACCACGCUGCCAAACAACGCUUUCUCCUCGAACCGUCAAUGUAUGCGUCGCUGGAACUGCCGACAAAGCUGCCGCCGCUGGUCGAGUCGUCCCCGUUGGACGUAACCAUCCCUGGUCGGUUGGAGCAAGCGCUGACUCGUAUAACGGAAGAGGCGAUGGUCGCCUUGGGUUCUGAGCGCUUCAAGUUUCCGUUUGUGAGCAGCCAAGCGUCGGCCGUCAUGUAUGUUGCGCUAUUCCUCAAAUCCAAGAAGAAACCCUCCAACCAGCAGCAAUACGACAAGCCGCUACAAGUCCAGGCGUUGCUGCAAAACUUUGUAGACGACUGUCGACUGGGUCAAGACAUCAAAGAACUGACGGCGCCGGUGGGAUCCGCGGUCAAGGGCGUGCGAACUAUCCGGGAUAAGGGAGACGGCAAGGACAUCCAGGCCAAGAAUGCCAGGUUCGACACGCUCUUGGCUGCACCACAAGCAGCCUUUCGAUGGUAUGCAGCCCGAGGGCUCGAGAAAUAAGUGCACCAAAAGAAUGCUGCGCCAGCGUGGCUGCACAAGGACGGAGCACCAGUUGCGUCAGGCAACCGCGUCGCCAUGGUGGACGAGCAUCCAAGGUUGAAUAACGUUGAUUGGUCAUUAAUAUGUUUGGAGUAGCCAAUGAACUCCGUCUAUAGUCAAAAUUCUCUCUUUUGC